CGCCUGCAGCUGCUCUGUGUGGAGGUGAAAAAUUCUUAUCAUUCCUCCUUGGUGGGGCCUGCCUGGGCGCGAUUAGUCAGUGCGUUUUUUUUUCGCUUGCAGCGUUCCGUCCGAACGGGCUGAAAACGGUUCCCGCGGGUGGUUUCGGGUGCGGACGUUCGGCGGGGUGUGUUUUUGGAGCGCAAUUUCCGGUGGAAGCACGCGUAAAGUGAGCAGGAAAAAUCGUGUGUUUUUUUCUCUCCUUGACUUGUGUUGUGGACCAGGUGGGGUGAAGAUUCGGAGGAAGAGCCUCGUAAGAAAAAGGGGGGAAGCAAAGUCGAGGCCAGGCCCGCGAGUGUCCAAAGCCUGCUUUGGUGCGUGUUUUGUUUACGUAUAGUGCGCCAUCAUCAUCAUCGUCGAGUUGAUGGAAAAGUUGUUGUUUUUGUUGUGCUGAUCACUUUGGGAGGAAGAUUUUUCUUUGUUGUCCCGUUGUGUAGCGGGAAGGCGGAGAGUGUGUGGUUCUGACCUCGGUCAAGGACUGACCAGCAGCUUACGUGGGAGUUGAGACCCGCUGCCACGACGCAAAAAUGAUGGAAGAAGCGGAAGAUGGCGACAGCUUCUCGAUCCUGGUGGACGAUAAGAUGUCGACCCGCCACUCGUCCGGCAGCUUUUCGCCCCAGCCGGAUGUGGUCUCGGAGCUGAGCAACGCCGCCGGCCAGUUCUUCUCGCUGAACAUCAACGGCGACGACGACGUGCUGAGCAGCCUGGAGAAUGGCGUCCCGCUGGGUUCCGGGUCCGGGCUGGGCCUCAACAACAACAGCCGUAACGUGACGGAAAAGGUGCGCAGCUUUCUGCUGAUGGACGAGCGGGAAAACGUCCAGCUGCGGUCGCCGGAGAGCUUCUGCAAAAAGCUGGGCGCCGCGCCCGAGGUCAAGAUCAAGGUGGUGUCCAUCUUCGGCAACACGGGCGACGGCAAGAGCCACACCAUGAACCAUGCAUUUUUCGGCGGCCGGGAAGUGUUCAAGACCAGCUCGGAGCAGAGUUCGUGCACGAUGGGCAUUUGGGCGUCCUUCCAUCGGCCCAACAACGUGCUCUGUCUGGACACGGAAGGCCUCCUCGGGGAAACGGUCAACGAGAACCGGCAGAUGCGCAUGCUCCUCAAAGUCCUGGCCAUCUCGGACAUCAUCAUCUACCGGACGCGAUCGGAGCGGCUCCGUUCGGACAUGUACAAAUUCCUCGGGACGGCCUCGCGCGCCUUCUCCAAGUAUUUCUCCGCCGCGCUGCAAUCCCUCGCCAUCCCGGGAACGCCCCAAUCCCUCGGCCCCGCCGUCAUCAUAUUCCACGAAACGCAAAACACCGAGGUGCUCAAAGAAGACGACGAAGGCAAAAAAGAGGAGGACAUCCUCCGCGAGCGGUUCGCCAAAAGCAAGCUCGAACUCAACGCGUUCAGUUCGCUGCGGUACGUCGGCAUCCGCACCGCAAAACCCCCAACCAGCUACGAACCCCUCCGAAUUGCCCUGGAAAAAGAACUCCGCAACACCACCGUCCGCUCCCCCCGGCAACCCCGCGUCGUCUUCGAAGCCCUGCUCGCGCUCAACAAAAAGUUCAACGGAGAACUGUCCGCCGCCCCGAACAACACCUUCCCGGAGCAGUAUUUCACGUGCACAACGUUCUGCAAGUCCUGUGAAGAGCGCUGCCAGCUGUCGAUGGGCCAUCUGGACUCGAAGGAGGACCACAAGUGCGGCACCGUUUGCAAGUACCAGCAUCAGUACGAGAACAAGGUGUACCUGUGCAACCAGUGCCACGUCAACGGGAGGCAGGUCGUCGUCACGAUCAAAACGCAAACCGCCAACGAUUCGUCCUGGCUCGGGCUGGCCAAGUACGCGUGGAGUGGGUCCGUGAUCGAGUGCACGCACUGCGGGGAGAUUUACCGGUCGCGGCAGCACUGGUACGGGAACAAGUCGCCCGAGCAGAUGGCGGUUAGAACCGAGAUCGUGCACGUGUGGAACGACGGCGGGCUGCAGGUGCGCGGCCCCACCCACUCGGCCCAGCUCGUGCUGGACGGGGUGGCCUACCUUACCGACGCGGUCGCCAGUGUCGGCGCCCAGCCAACGAAAACGCUCAAAUCGUGGGUCGCGGACAAGAUCCGGCCGGCGUACUGGCGCCCGGACAGCGAGAUUACGUACUGCAAGGGUUGCACGUGCAACUUUGAACGGUUGGACCUGCGGAAGCACCACUGCCGAAGCUGCGGAGAAGGAUUCUGCAGCGCGUGUUCCAAGCACAAGAUGCGAGUGCCGAGUCGGGGCUGGGACUAUCCGGUUCGGGUGUGCAACCAGUGCCGGGACGAGCUGCUGAAGGCGGAAAAGUACGGCACCAGCGUGGGCGAUCCGGCCACCAACGGGACAGCAGUCGCUGCCAACGGCGACUCAACUCAACCAGAUCUGACGUCUUCUGCAGGCAACAACUCUUCGGCGACCGACAACUCGGAGGUUCUGGUGCGAAAGUACGGCGAGGUCGUCAUCAACACGCUCACCAACAUCGGUGCUGUCCUGGAAUAUCCCAAGGACCUGAUCAAAGACUCCGCCCGGCCCUCGUACUGGGUUCCGGACGCGGAAGCGCCCCGCUGCCACAUCUGCGAGCUCGUCUUUGGCUGUCCGGAGGAGCUCAACUCGACGACCCCGCUCGUGCAGGCCGGACCGGCCCUCAACGGAAGACACGGAGCGUCCCCCAGCCGAUCGACUCCGUCAACUGGCGGCGGCAGUCCGGUGGUCGUGCCGAGACCGUCCUCCUCGUCGUCGUACCUGGCCAUCGACCGGCGGAGACAUCACUGCCGCGCCUGUGGGAAUGCCGUGUGCGCCGGCUGUUCCGAGCAUCGCCGGCCCGUGCCCAAGCGGGGCUGGCUGAGCGACGUGCGGGUGUGCAACAAUUGCUUUUCUAGUGCGGAUUAAGUUGUCGUGUUUCGUUUGUUCAUUUCUAGAGUCGUAUUAUUCGUUUUUCUCUGCGCAAAAAAGAAAAAACAGAUUGGAACUCCCGUGACAUUAAAACUGGAUUGUGAUAUUUUUCAUGUGUUGUAACAACUUUUGGUGUAAAUUAGCAAAAACAAGAAAAGCACAGUUUUUGGUGAGCUUCUUUCUAGAGACUGGUACCUUUAAAAAAAUGAUUUCCAAAUUGUAUUCUACUCUAAAAUCUUGUUCAACAAAAUUGGCACAUUUACGCUACCUAUUUGCAAAUGUAGAAAAUGGCACACACAAACAGAGAAUAUAAAUAAAAAAGUUUUAGAGAUAUGUAGAUUGUAAGCAAAAAGCUAAAAACGAAUUAAUCCUCGUAUCUUUAGGCACGUAAGCUUAUUGCAGUAGAAAUAGUUGACGUAUGUAUCAAAUAUAUUUAACAGUUUAGAGUCAGAUAAAUAUAUAUUACACAGAUA